CAGGAAUCGAUCAAGGAGCGAGCGCACACCAGGGCACCGCACUCCUGUUGUCCUCUGUGUUUUAUCAGUUCAAGUGCCGUAGCCACUUUAUCUGUGAUGCAUCCUUUCCAUCGGAAGCACACGAACGGGGGGACCAUUCAAGGACACAGGACUCACAAUCAAGGCAGAUUCAGAAAUGCAGACAGAGACGAAAAUGGUGACUACAAAGACCCAAGAGAAGAGUACAAUGAAACCUUACAAGUGGCUAUGGAAUACAACCGGACUCACCCGAAAAAAUAUCCUCCUAUAUUAUCAAAAAAUGCCCUCAAGGACAAGGAGAAUGUACUUUUGGACUCUAUAAAAGCAUUUAGAUCUCAUACAGCGUACGAUAAUAGAACUAGACUGGGACCAGAUAAAGAAAAUACGUUCCAAAACUUGAAACGGUCGAGGAGUACAAGUGCAAUGGAACAAGCCUCAUCACUGCCUUCAAGUGCUUCUCAUUCGACCCUUUCAGAACCAAUUUCUGAUUCGCCCCUUAAAACGAAGUCCAACUCCAUUAGUUUGCCCCAUAACCAAAGUGAAGUGGCAAAGACACCAGAAGCAGAGGGUGGCACCAAUCCUGACAAUUUGCCAAACUUCUUAAGUAGCAGCCCAACCAGAAAUGAAGAAUGUAAUAGUACCUUAGUAGAAAAUUUAGAAACAAGCAGAUCUUUUGAUACAAGUAGCCAUGAAAUAGAAGAGUCUAGUGAUAGUAAUGAAUUGUUAGAUCUCGAUAGCAAUGGAAUUUGUGAUAAUUUUAUUACUGCAACUAGUGAAAUAUUAGGCAAAAAUUUCGACCAAUCAAGUACAAAUUCACAGAGUAGUAAAACAGUGAUGAUUAAUAAUUUAGAUAGUGUCACUAGUAGAUCUAAUAAAGACAAAGAAAGCAAAAGCUCUCUUACUGAGGACCAGGAAAAGCUAUUGUUGUCAUUAAAGCAGAGAAUAAAAACAAACCCAAUUGAUAAAGACGAGGGAUUAGAAGACUGUGAUGAUGGAAGUCAGGGCCUUGAGGAGGUUGAAUUUAUUCCUUUAAGAUUAUCAAGUGCAGUUGCGUUGAAGAAGUUGAUUUUGGGAUCGGCCAUCAGAUCGUUUAAUCUUCAGUGGAUGGGUCAGAGUUUUGUGUGGAGUUCGAAUCCGAAACUGCGCUAUGGAUUUUCCCAAAAUAAGGGAGGAGCCUGUGGUGUCUUAGCGUCAGUCCAAGGGUUCGUCUUGAAAUCUUUACUCUUUCACCCAAAUCUAGCGACGAGUGAGUUGAAUCCCUUUCGUCCCACGAGACAAGAAGUGCGGCGAGCUUUAGUACAGGCUCUAACAGAGAUCCUCUGGAGAGCAGGAGACUGCAGGCAGGCGGCCAUUGUCAGGAGUGAUCAAGAAAGUCAUUUGGAAGAGUGCUUGGUAUAUCGACCAGAUGGACUUACAGAAGUUUUAUCCUGGAGAAAAUUCCUGAGAGAAAAGGAUCUACAUGAGGCUGUAGAAAAACACUUGGAUGAGUUUAUUUCCCCACACGGAAAAGGAUGCCUGCGCUUUGUUAUCUCAGUAAUACUGUCUCGAGGAAUCCAGAGCGUCAUUGCGGACAUGGAUGACGAAACAUCGCCUCUGAUAGGCCCGAGUGGCACCUGCUCUGUGGAACUGGUGAACCUGCUCCUUACAGGCCAAGCUGUGUCCAACGUGUUUGAUAACGACCUGCAGCUCGACUCCUGCCUAUUACGAGGCGUUUCGAAACGAGCGGAAAUAGGUUUUUUGUCCAUCUUUGAACACUUUAAUUCAUGUCAGGUAGGAUCAAACUUGAAGACGCCCCGAUAUCCAAUUUGGUUGGUAAACAGUGACAAUCACUACAGUGUUGUGUUUUCCCCCUGCAAGCAGCUAGUGAGUGACUGGCGUGCUGAGAGACAAUUCCAUCUGUACCAUUAUGACGGAUUGGGGGGCCAGGCUGAGGAGACAGUCCUCAGUGUAGAUACAACCGGAUUCUCAGCAAAGGAGGAAAGCAAAAGAGAUGAAGUACCUUCACUAGAACUCUGCAUAAAAACAAAAUGGAAAGAUGCAGUGGUUCAUUGGAACUCAAAUUUCUCGUAAAUUUCUCGAAGUACAAGCUUAUAAAUGAUACACAUUUUAUUUAGCUGUACACUGCAAAAAGUAUUUUAAUUUAUUAUUUAAGUGUAGUUUUUAAGCGUACCACAAUCUAGUUUACUAAUUUAGCUCAAAAUAAUUUAAAAUUGAAAUUAGUGUUUAUAAUCGUUGAAAUAUUUUAUAAUAAAAGAUUGUAAGUUUUCUACUAAAUUAAAUUUAGAAGAUACUUUUAGUUUUCAUAACAAGGAAAAUAUGUUAGUAGAAUUUAUUUUAUUUGAAGCAGGCGUACAAAGAAAUAUAGUUUAGGUUAAGUUGUUGAUCUCAAGUAAUGUACAAUGUUGUACAAACCAAUAAAACCACAGAAAAUUUUAAACACAGAAGUCUCAGUGGAACACAGUUACAGCGCUCCCCUACGGCCAGACCUAGGACUACAAUUGACGGGAUAUAACGAACUCCGAAGUGCCGAGCGUUGUGCUGCGGGUGAGACCUUGUUCGUAAUAUCUGGAAGUGGUGCUAUAAUCGUAAUAUAGACUAUUACAGCUAUUAUAUACAGCUGGAAUGUAAUUGGAGGUAUUAUUACAGAAGGCCAUUGUUCAUGUUCAAGUGCCUCCACACUGGGAAAACAGCUACGAACAUGUUCGCCAAACAUACUAUUAUUCAUCAAACUAAAUGUUUUGUAAACAAAUGUUUUCCGAGCAUUUAUUUAGAUUUUUAUCAAACAAAUUAUGGUUUUCGCUGUGAAUUCAAUUUUGCGUUGUCAUUGAACAUGGAUGUUGGUGUGCGUCGGUCACUUUGUUGUACUGUUAUCAGGCUGCACAGUUGGUAGCAAAGUCAGUUAUUAAGAAGACCAAUAUAGUAUUGCAAUUUAAAAACAAAAUAGGAAUUUUCGAGAAUCCAUAAGUGCGAAGAAUUGACUGAGUGGUAGUUACAUUGAGACUUUUGAAUAACGUUUAUAUUGAGACUUUUGAAUAGCAGUUGCAUUGAAACUUUCGACUAACAGUUACAUUGAGACUUGACUAGCAGUUACAUUGAAACUUUCACUAACAGUUACAUUGAGACUUUUGGCUAGCAGCUAUAUUGAGACUUUUAACUAGCAGUUACAUUGAAACUUUCGACUAACAGUUACAUUGAGACUUUUGGCUAGCAGCUAUAUUGAGACUUUUGACUAGCAACUAUAUUGAGACUUUUGACUAGCAGCUAUAUUGAGACUUUUGAACUAGCAGUUACAUUGAGACUUUUGACUAGCAGUUACAUUGAGACUUUUGACUAGCAGCUAUAUUGAGACUUUUGACUAGCAUUUACACUAACGGUUACAUUGAAACUUUUGGCGAGUUUUUACUCUUAUCAUUCCCUAAUAUUUUUUCCCAAAAUCUCACUAUAAACACAAAAUCUUGGCAAGAAACGGACUGCAAUGGAUUCUCCAGAGGGCUGUUUCACAGAACUAAACAAAGGUUUGCCUAUAGAACGAACUGUUUGGCCAAACAAAAAUGGCGGCGCACUACCUCCACUGAUAUUUCAAGAAUGUUGGUCAAAGCGUUGACACUUACCGAACACCAUACAUUCGCCGGCGAAAAUUGAAAUGAACACUGAAAGUGUUCGACGAAGAAUGGUCAUCCAGUGUGGGCACCUUUCGAUUACGGAAUUUAAGUGUCCAUCUUAUUUCUUGUAUUCUUCCCAACCUAGUAAAUACUAGUACCUUCAUGUGCAAUGCUAACUAACUAGUAAGGUUAUACUUGCCGUAACUGGCUUUGCGAUGUUACGCGAUCGGCGCCUGUAGGAGCACUUCUGAUUCGAAUACAUGAUAUUUCUGGAGUCAUUUUUGAGUUUGUCUUGUUACCCGGAUCAAGACACCAUAUACGUGGGUGCAAAAAGCCUACUUCGUUCAAAAGGCGUCUACUUCAGGAUUUAAAGAUCUACUUCCGGUCAAAGGGAUAGAGAAAGAUAGACGUCAAACCAUUCUUGAGACAAUCACAGACGUAACCAUUCUAAAAAAUUUGAUCCACUUUUUCUGAAAACUCUAUAUCAUGAGUUGAACUCUUUAUUGAGUUCUUUCUAUUAAUAUAGUGUACCUAGAAUUUAAAAGUGAUCACUCUACUCCCUCCCCACGGUAUAUGAGGUUAUAUAAUUGUUCUCCCUCCCCCAAUCUUGGAUACCACUGGUCACAGGUUUAGAUUUUGGUAUUAUAGGAACCUGAGUUAGUUUAUUCGGACCUGCGAAUAAAAACCGGGUCAUCAAAAAUAUAUUUGGGUGUAUAAAGCUGUUUUUGUAGGCCAACAAAAAGAUUUCAGUUGUAUUCUAAUAUUCUCAAUAUUAGGGUUAUUUGGGCUUAUUUUGUUUCAAUUAAACCCACUCUACUGCAUUUAGUGCCAACUAAGCCCUGGGAAAAGAGUAUAAUUGACCUCCCCCACCUACCACCCCAUUCGAUUGAAUACUGUUUUAAAGUAUCCUUAUAAUAACUGUCUGUUGAUAUUUUAAAGUUAUAUAUCUAAAAUUGUAUGUUACCUAAGACUUACACAAGCCCAAAAAUAGAAUUUAAAUGGUUUUUGUAAAUAUAAACAUAAGAAAUAUUUAUAUCACACAUGUAAAACUGCAUGCUCUUGAAACACACUGCAGUUUAUAAUGAGUAUUUUUCAAUAAAGUUAUAAACUUCAAUUUAUGAAUUUAUUUUAUUGUUUUACUCAUUACAUAGGAUAACAAGAACUUUAUGUGAUUUACUAUACUCAUGUUCUUGUACUUCGGCAUAAAUAAUAAUUCCGGUAAUUGUAUUCAUGUAAACAAGUAAACAAAUGACUGAAGUGUUUGUUACCUAAAACGAGUGCUGUGUGAUUGUAUAUUUUUGUUAGUUAUUUAUUAUCUCUUUUAAACUUCGUAUAGCAUUCUUGUUAAGCAACAAUUAAAACUUUUAGUGAUAUAUCUUUUUUAGUAACUCGAAACAAACUUAUGCCUGUUGGAAAAUUUACACACGCAUGUAUAACUGUGACGAAACUAAUUUACUCUUUAUUUUAUUAUUACCAAACUUCUCCAACGCGUGUGAGUUAUAUAUUAUAAUGAGGUAUAUUAUUUAAUAAUUGCUAAAUUCUUUGUUACAAUAUUAAACUUUAAAUAUGAGUUUUUCGUAAAAGUAAAUUUUAAAAAAUCUAUAACUAAUGGUUAUGAUCUAAAAUUUACUUUUUUAUCGCUUAUUAGAUUCUUGAAUAGCACAUAAUGUAUAUUUAUAAAACGUCUAUUAAAGAUUGAAUUUAUAUUCUGUGUGAAAGAAAUAAAACGAUAUUUGCUAUACAGAUUAUUCUACUAAUUGAAUUCAGAAUGCAAGACUAAUUUUGAAUUAUAUUUAGAUAAGCUUAGUUUUUUUGUUUAAACUUAUAAAAUUAAAACAAAUGAGUUCAUUAAUAGUGUUUUAAAACAACAAAACUAUUGUACCUUUGGUCCAAAAUUGUUUUAAUUGCUUUAACGAUUUAAGACUUUUUACUACAAGCAAAGUACCAUGUCAGUUACAUCGUAGGGGCGCAGUUGUACCAUUCUGUGCCACUUUUUAUUUUACAAAUGUCUUUGUAUUAUUAAUUUGUUUAAUCCAAUGUAAGUCCUUGUGUACCUUCCAAGGCUGCUUUCAUCGUACGGUACACGUUCUGUCGUCCUCUGUUACACUAUACUAUAUAGCCCCCAUCUAAUUACUACUUUAUAAUACGUAUUUAAUUGCAGUAAUAAACAUUGCAGUAGCAAACGUAACUAACAACUAAAACCAUUCUGUGAAACAAAUCCAUUAUUCUUCAAUCUAAUUAUAUUUCAAAAUCCCCAGUUGUACUAAACCCCAUAUCACCCCCAUCUUGAUACAACCCUUUCCUGUUCUAGCUCUUAAUGCAAUGUGUGCGAUAUAUAAAUUACUUAUAUUUAAAUGUAUCUUAGACAAAAUAACUGUAAUGAGUGUAACAGGUUGAUUGCACUCAAAGUGUUUUGAGAUUUAUCACGAGUUGAGCGGGAUCUUAACACGUGUUUUAAAUUAUCGUCGUGUUUUUUACUAUAUAAACCAUAUAAAAUAAGAUGUAUAUAUUUAACCCUAUAGUGGCUAACAGCUGCAUCUACUUAAUAAGUUACCAGUAAUAAAUUACCAAUGGUUAUAACUCCAAUGAUAGUAAGUAGGUUUAUAAAGUACAGUACCUGUAUAAUUAAGAAAUCCAUUAAGAUUGAAAAUUAUAACUGUAUAUCGUCGAUGUUCGUGGUUUGUGUUCAUAUUUUAUAUGAUUUUAAAUGCAGAUGUAUUUUAUUUUUGUAUAUUCAAUGUCUAUAUUUACGGUGUGACAGAGUGUUAAAAAAUGUUUUUUAAUAUAAUAGUAUAUUUUAACUAUAAGAGAAUUAUAUUAUACUAUUGAUGUUACUAAUAUUAUAACCAAUGAAAGCUAUAACUAAAAUACUACAUAGUUAUUGAAUGUUAUUAAAGUGUACAGAGGAAUCGUUUUAUGUGAUUUAUUAUUUUAUUGUCAUGUAAUAAAUUUAUUUGUGUCCCUCAUUCUCCCUUUCUCAGCACU